UGUGCCUCCAUCACCGUCCGAAAGGAAUGGCGUUCUAUGGCUCGUGCCGACCAAAAAUCGUAUUUGUCUGCUGUUAAAUGUUUGAUGACCAAACCAUCGACUUUGAAGCCCAGGUCAAACCUUCGAUUGUAUGAUGAUUUUGAGAGUGUACAUGAUCGUUCAAGGCCAAACGUACAUUGGGUCGCUCAAUUCUUGCCAUGGCACAGACAUUUCAUCCAUCUCUAUGAACAGGCUUUGCAGUCAUGUGGCUACAACGGAGGUUUACCGAGAUGGAACUGGAGUUUAGACGCCGCCAAUAUGACUGCCUCCCCAGUCUGGUCA